UAAUUAUCGAUGAGGGCAGCAAACAUAACAAUGAGGAAUUUUUGAAAACAAUGCGCAUUUUGCUUAUCUCCAUGGUUGUUUUAUACGUUUUUACUAAGUAGUCGCAAGUUCGAUCGUCCAGAUCUGCCCUCAAAUGUAAUUCCACAGAUUUCUCAAAAUGAAACUUUUUGUAUAUUAAAUAGCAAAAAGACUUAAUGAAGAAGAUUUACUACAGUAAUUCAUUAGAUGACAGAGAUUUUGUUUAAGAAUUGAGAAUGCAAGUUGGACAGUAUCGUGGAGUACUGUACCUACAGUACUUCCUUCUGUUUGUUGAUCUCUGUGUGAAUGCAUUUGCUGAUCUUAUCCGUGGAGAUAAAGUAGCACAACUGGUUCUUUUCAUUGUACAAGAUAUAUGCCUGAUCUUUGCAACCAUCGUCAUUUUUCUGAUGUUCUUCAAUACAUAUGUGUUUCAAGCAGGCUUAGUUGGGUUCCUUGUUCGCAAAUUUAAAUCAACGAUUAUUAUCCUGUUCAUUUACUUCAUGCUCUGUCUUGGUCUUCACCUUUGGACAGUGGUUUUAAGAUGGAAGAAGCCAAACUUGUACAUAUGGAAUGGCAGGCCUGGUUACACAGCACUCUACUCAUUGCAACGAAUUGGAGCUGUGCUGUAUUACUAUUUUUACAAGAGGACGGCUUUACGAUUAGGUGACCCACGCUUUUACCGGGACUCGGAAUGGCUGCGCCAGGAAUUCCAGAAGGUUCGGUAACCCCACCGUCCAAAAACAUUUUUUUUUUUGUAAAUGUUUUGAUUAUCUGUAUGUGUUAAAUUUUGAAAGUCUGAAAUACCUUCAAUCAUCAAAUGUAGAUGCAAAUUACUAAUGCAUAAUCUUAAUUAUUGGACCAAAGUUUAAUGUAAACGAAGUUUUACCAAACUAGAAAAUAAACCUAUUUAAUAACUAUCCUAUUUUCAGAAACUUUAUAAAAAUCAGUUGUAAUAUAAAGACUGAAUUAAAACCCAAUGAUAAAAUGUUUACGAAAGUACUAUGUAGUGAAAUUUUAAAAUGUCACUGUUUUACAGUUACCGACAGUAAAGUAAUAGCUUAUGCAACAGGCUAUUGACUCGAUAAUUGGUUGUUUUAUGCAAACAGUUGCAUAUACGCAUUAUUAACAACAGCAAAAGGUAGUUAAAGAUAAUGUAUAGAUUUAUACCUCAAAUUGAACCAUCCACCCAUGUAAUAACUGUAUACCUUGUAUUUAUGUAUCUUGAUUAUUUGUAUAUUUAUUAUUAUUAUAUACAACUGUACAUAUAAACAUAUUUUUAAUUUUUUUAGCAUAUGUCCAUAAUUAAUAAGGUAUUGUUGUGUAUAUAUUGAAAAUUCUUGUAUUUGUAUUCAUCUACUUGGUAUUUAUGAAUGAUAGAAAUGAUGAUGAUGAUUUUAAUAAUAAGUUACCAAUGUAUAUAUUUGGUUUAUUAUGAAACCAAUGUUUUAUUAUUUCAGUCAUCCACAAAUUUGUUGUAAUGCUGUAAAUUUUGUUGUAAUGAGAUUUUAUAAAUAUGAUAAAAAUAGUUGUGUAGCUGUGUAAGUCUUAAACAAUAAGAAUAAUGAGACAGCAUCCUGGAUGUUUACAAGCUUCAUGGUCAGUUUACUAAUGUGUGAGACUUUUGACAAACUUGCUGCAAAAAUUUAGGUUAAAGGAGCUGUUAUUGUCUCUUAAUUCACGUUUUUUAGUACUGUAUGUUCCAGUGACAUGUAGGUUUUAUUUUCAUCAUACAAUAUUAAAGCUUCAUUUUAUUGAAUUGACUUCAUAACAGUUUUUAGCACCAUUCAGUGCUGGAAAAAUUAAAAUUUGGCGAGCCUCCAUUUGCUGCAAUGCAGUGUGUGGUGUAGUUUACAUAUAGCCACAUCCACAUGCUGUCAAAAUUAUGAAUUCGGAUUAUGAAUUGAAUUUGUGAGAAUGCCAUGUUAAAUUUGCUCUCAUUUUGUUGUCCUAGAAUUAAUAAUUUUAUGCAAUUUUAAAUUACACAUAGCAUUUCAUCAAACCUUUGUUAACUUUCUCUCAUUGACACACUAUUCUACUGUAAAAUAAUCUUAUGACAGGAUAUUGCUAUUUUGCUUCAACAUAUUGAUGUAGUAGUAGAAAAUCCAUCCAUAGUGGUUUAAAUGUAGUUGUCAAUGAGGCCUAGUCGCCCAAAAUAGUUGUUUGUGUCUAAUGUAUUCUGUAUAAGGCUGCUCCCACCAACCUAGGCGUCUGCAUUCCAUGUCUACACGUCCAAAUGCAUCCGUUUUGAAUUGAAAGUCACGAAAUAAACGUCCACUGACUCUUUUA